AUGGAUUUUGGCGUCGAAGCAUUCGACGUGUUUUACGAGGAAAACGAUAAUGAUGCCGAGGUUAUUUCAACGGUGAUAAACUCCGAGAAUAAUGACUUAAAAGCUAAUGUUAGUUCGACUAAGCGUGAGCUUGAGGAAGACCAGGAUGUUAGCAGUAAAAAGCAGAAAGUCGAGUCCAUUUUGGAGGAUAUUAAUUUGGACGAUUUGAUAUCGCAGAUAAAAGUUCAUAAAAUAGAAACAAUUGAAUCGUGUACCCAUGAAGUAGCAGUUCCGCCAGACCACGAGUACAUUCCACUGGAAGUAAAGACAACACCUCCGGCAAAGGAGUACAAAUUUGUCUUGGAUCCUUUUCAGAAGGAAGCGAUUCUUUGCAUUGAGAACAACCAGUCUGUGCUGGUGUCUGCUCACACUUCUGCUGGAAAAACUGUCGUCGCUGAGUACGCGAUAGCAUUAUCUUUGCGUGACAAGCAGCGAGUAAUUUACACAACUCCAAUAAAAGCUCUGAGUAAUCAAAAGUACCGAGAGUUUUACGAAGAAUUUAAAGACGUCGGAUUGGUAACUGGAGACGUAACAAUAAACCCAACAGCAUCUGUGCUAAUAAUGACCACGGAAAUUCUCCGGAACAUGUUGUACCGCGGGUCGGAAGUGAUGCGUGAAGUAGGUUGGGUGAUCUUCGACGAGAUCCACUACAUGAGAGACAAAGAGCGUGGAGUAGUCUGGGAAGAAACGCUGAUUCUUCUUCCUGACAAUGUUCACUACGUGUUUCUAUCGGCGACAAUUCCCAACGCGAGGCAGUUCGUCGAGUGGGUGACUCACCUGCACCACCAGCCUUGCCACGUGGUCUACACGGACUACCGUCCAACUCCCCUGCAGCACUACAUAUUUCCAGCUGGUGGUGAUGGCAUUCACUUGGUAGUUAACGAGGACGGUCAGUUCAAGGAGGACAACUUCAACCGAGCGAUGAGUUGUCUCCAGAAUGGUGACGCUGCCAAAGGUGAUCUCAAAGGCCGGAAGGGCGGACCCAGGGGUGCUAAUGCGGCUCAGUCUAAUAUCUUUAAGAUUGUCAAGAUGAUUAUGGAGAGAACCUUCGCGCCUGUUAUUAUUUUCAGCUUUUCUAAGAAAGAGUGCGAAGCUUAUGCGAUGCAAAUGUCUCAGCUGGACUUUAAUACUGAAGCUGAGCGGAAGCUCAUUGAUGAUGUCUUCAAUAAUGCUAUGGAUGUGCUCAGUGAUGAAGAUCGCAAGCUUCCUCAGGUUGAAAAUGUUCUCCCACUUCUGAAACGCGGCAUCGGCAUCCACCACGGAGGCCUCCUGCCAAUCUUAAAAGAAACCGUAGAAAUUUUAUUCGGCGAAGGUUUGAUAAAAGCUCUCUUCGCAACAGAAACAUUCGCAAUGGGCUUGAACAUGCCGGCAAGAACAGUCCUAUUUACAGCGCCUCGCAAGUUCGACGGCAAGGACUUCCGGUGGAUAACCUCCGGCGAGUACAUCCAGAUGAGCGGCCGAGCCGGACGUCGAGGUCUCGACGAGAAGGGAAUAGUAAUUCUGAUGGUCGACGAAAAAGUCAGCCCGGCUGUCGGCAAGGAAAUAGUCCUCGGAAAAGCCGACCCGAUAAACUCGGCUUUCCACCUGACCUACAACAUGGUGUUAAAUUUACUCCGAGUCGAGGAAAUAAACCCCGAGUACAUGCUCGAGCGUAGUUUUUAUCAAUUCCAGAACCAAGCUUCAAUUCCUAUUUUGUUCAACAAAGUCAAAGAGCUCCAGCAGACCUACGAUGAUUUGGUAGUUGAUAAAUUUAAUCAGAUUGCUCCUUAUCACGACAUUCGUCAGCAGUUGGACCGGCUGAAGGUUGACUACAGAAGUUAUAUUACCAGGAUUGAAUAUUUGUUGAAAUUUCUUCAGCCGGGCAGGAUGAUUAAAAUUAAAAACGGUAAUAAUAUUUUUGACUGGGGAGUUGUUAUUAAUUUUAGAAAAAAAAAUUCUAAAAAUCCAAAAGAAAAUGCGGUUAUUAUCAUCGACAUGCUUCUUCACAUUUCUAAAGAUUCUACAGAGUGCGCGCCGAUGCCUUGCGCAGAAAAUGAGGACGGAGAGUUUGAAAUCGUGCCUGUAAUGCACACUUUAAUUUCUGAGAUAAGCACACUUAGGUUGCCGAUUCCUCAGGACUUAAGACCGCCUGACAACCGCAAGAGCGUCUUAAAAUCAAUAAAGGAAGUGAAGAAACACUUUCCCGACGGGAUUCCCCUUCUGGACCCGCUUAAAGACAUGGGAAUCGCGGACUCGACCUUCGAAGACAUCGUCAAGAGGAUAAAAAUCCUUGAGGAUAAAUUAUACGCCCACCCUCUGCACAAAGAUCCCGGAUUGAGCAAGCUCUACAACGAGUUCCUGCGCAAGGACGAGCUGGGCAGCGAGCUGAAGCAAGCUAAGCAGGAAUUGAAGAAAGCAAAGUCUGUGUUGCAGAUGGACGAGCUCAAAUGCAGAAAGCGGGUUCUCAGGAGACUGGGGUACUGCACUGCUGCUGAUGUUAUUGAGCUUAAAGGUCGGGUUGCUUGCGAGCUAAAUGGAGCUGAUGAACUGCUGCUCACGGAGAUGAUUUUUAAUGGGCUCUUUAAUUCGCUAAAUGUUCCGCAGAUGACUGCGCUGCUCAGUUGCUUUGUUUGCGAUGAAAAGUCCAACGAAAUGCCCAAGAGCACCAACGAGCUCAGUGGCCCGCUGAGGCAGAUGCAGGAGUUGGCCCGCAGGAUUGCUAAAGUUUCUGCUGAAGCUAAUUUGGAGAUUGAUGAGGAUAGUUAUGUUGAAAGGUUCAAGCCUUUUUUGAUGGAUGUCGUUUAUUCUUGGUGCAAGGGAGCUUCUUUCUUUCAGAUCUGCAAGAUGACUGAUAUUUUUGAAGGUUCGAUAAUUAGAUGCAUGAGACGAUUGGAGGAAGUACUGAGACAACUGAUUCAAGCUGCGAAAAAUAUCGGAAACUCGGAUCUAGAAAAUAAAUUCAGCGAAGCUAUCAAGUUAUUAAAACGUGAUAUUGUUUUUGCAGCCUCGUUAUAUUUGUAA